GCAGAAUGGAUGUGAUGAAUAUAAAUCAGGUGACUGAACAGGCAGGGGUUUCUUCCCAGACAGGCUCAGAAGAUUGUGUAAUGCCCACUCCUACAUUACUGGUUUGGAUGUGCACGCAUGCACAUUUUUUGUGCACAAACACUCAUACACACACACUUCUCAUCUUGGUUCAGGAACACAACAACCACUGUAUUUACCAGUGAGCCUUCACAGACCACCCAGCUUUGAACGCAGACACCAAAGCCGAACACACUUCCAAAAAAUCUCCGCUGGAUUUUGAUCUCUGGAUUGAUUCAGACCAAAUUUGGGAUUAUUUUACUUUUUUUGUUGUAGAGGCAUCUGGAUCUUUUCAUGCGAUUGCAUCCAUCACUUCUUCACCUGUGAAUGUUGCGACUAGAGGGGGAGCCUCUGAAGACCGGAGGUGAAGUGGUGACCAUGUGGAUCCCAACGCCCAGCAUGACUCUCCUGCAGAGGACGCUCCUGUACGGGUCGUGCGUCGUGGCACUCCUGAACUCUGUGGGCCUCCUGGUGCUCAUAGUCCAGCAGAAUCAACAACGCUCCCAGCUGGAGCAGACGGAGUCCAGGCUGACGCAGUUGGAGCAGAGCUCGCUGGUGGAGUUCCUCCAGGAGGUGCCGAAAGGAGCAGCGGGGCUGUGGAAGGGUGGCGGGGAGCAGCCUCAGUACCAGUACUCCAGGAACAAGAGGAGCGAGGAGCUGGAGAAGGAGCUCCAGCACGAGCCUCACCAAGAGGAGGGAGAGCUUCAGCAGGAGGCCAGGCAGGAGGUCGGAGAGGAAAAAGAGAGGAGGGAGCACAACCUGAAGCAUAAACACAGACAUGGACAGCGCUACCACAAGGCUCAAGUGCAGGACGACAUGAUGAUGAUGAUGACUUACUCCAUGGUCCCGAUCAAAUUGCUGAUUGACAUUUGCAAUAGCACUAAGGGAGUGUGUCUAGCAGGACCACCGGGACCACCAGGACCUCCAGGACCACCUGGUUUGCCGGGUGUGGAUGGACUUCCAGGUCACAACGGGACUGAUGGAAUCCUGGGCCCGAGCGGACCUCCUGGAGCUGAUGGGAAAAGAGGAAAAAGAGGGCCACCAGGAGAGAAGGGGGAGCCGGGGGAUAAAGGAGAAAGAGGAGAGCCUGGACCACCAGGAGAGAAUGUCCAGCCGUUCAAUGAUGUUACUAUUCAAGGCCCACCUGGCCCUCCGGGUCCUCCCGGUCCACCUGGGGAAAUUGGGCCUCCAGGACCUCCUGGACCUCCAGGUCCUACCAAAACAAGGCACCACCGAGCCCACAUCCAGUCUGUCCAUAGUUUGGGGAUGUUACACACAGUACCAAACGAUGAAAUGUUGCACCUGAAGGAGGCCAUGACCACACAUGACCGGCCCGCCAGGAAAAACGAGUGCCUCAUCAAGUCUCUGAUCAACCCACGCGGGGUGGCAAAGAUGGAGAACACAUUUGGCGUGUGGAUGAAAGACACCGCUCAGCUGAACGAUGAGCGCAUUUGGGUGGCCGAGCACUUUUCCGGCCGUCUGGUGAAGGAGUACAAAAGCCUCACUGAUUUCCAGGCGAACAGCAGUGACACUGUGGACGUUCGGAAGUUUUACCAAGGCUGCGGUCACGCCGUCCACAAUGGCUCCUUCUAUUACCACAUUGCUGGGACGUCCAGCAUUGGCAGAUUUGACUUCGACACCAAGAAGCUCCACACUCUCAUCAUAUAUGACGCCCUGUACCACAACCUGGCCUAUCUGCUCCCCAACUCAAAGACCUACUUCAAGCUGGCGGCAGACGAGAACGGCUUGUGGCUGAUCUUCGCUUCCAGCGUUGACGAGAGCAUCAUGGUGGCCCAGCUGAACGAGAAGACCUUCUCCAUCACAUCGCUCAUAAACACCACCUAUCCCCGCUCCAAAGCUGGCAACGCCUUCAUCGCCUGUGGGGUCCUGUACGUCACCGACAGCAACGACAGCAGAGUGACCUUCGCAUUUGACCUGCUUAAGAGAAAGGCCGUCAACGUGACCUUUGACUUGAGGUCCUCUAGUGGAGUCCUGGCGAUGCUCUCCUACAGCCCAAAGGACAGGCUCCUGUACGUGUGGGACGAGAGCCAGGUCAGGCUCUUCGUGGUCCACUUCAUCUCUGAUGAGUGAGACAUGCUGUCCAAACAGGUUCUCUCCUAAACACACUCCUCAUCAAAAUCUCAAGACCACUUAGGAAAUUGCAUAAAUUUUGCAUUUUUCAUGGCUGGAUUUGAACAAAGUUAUAAGUAGAGCCUCCAAAUGUCAAACGAAGAAAUGGGAACAAGAGGUCAAACAUGUUGAGUUGUUAGUUUAAGACCAUAGCAUGAAAAAACCUGUUACUUCAUCAAAAUAGAAAUCAAAAGAUUAAGAAAAUACAAUGAGUAGCUCCACCAUUCUUAUUGAACAAAUCAAACAUUUGUUUUGGUAUGCUUGACAUGUUUCUAAAAGGCUUCUAGGAAGGUCGUGUGAAGUGGUGAAAAUGUCUGUCUGAAUCUGACCAUCCACACACUAAUGGGUGGUCCUUUUAGGCCCCAGGUUGGUCCAAAAGAGUGAAGUUAUUCUCCUGAAAUAAGGCGUGGUGAACUGCAGUAUCGUCCUGUUGAAAAACCUCUUCAUCACCACACAGAUGAGGGUCCUCAGUCGUGUGGGACGCCCCCUCAACAUCUUCACAUAAGCCAGCUGCAGACUGACACCCUCAUGCAACCUAAAGCUUCAUUUUUCCAUUGAAGGUAACAGCUCCCCAAACCAUGAUGGCUCUUCCACUGUGCCGUGUAGAAAACAUUUCAGGUUGGAUUUCUUUGUCAUGCUGUUGGAAGCCAUCAGGACAAUCAAGGCUGCAUUUCUUCUCAUCAAAGAACUUUCUUCCACUUAUGAAUGUUUGGUGUUCCCUUGUAAAGUCCAUUUUUCUGGUGCUGAUGAGGGUAUUCUUUGAAGAAGCAUUUUGUUUUGAAGCUUCUCUAGUAGAUGUCGUUACUGAGCUACAAUCAGCACCAGUGAUGGUCUUAAUUGGGUCAAGGAGUGUCCCAUGUCUUGGCGGACAGCCUUUUGGAUCCUCCGGCUCAGUGUGGGUGAAAAUGUUUUAGGUCAGCCACUGGAUUUCUUUGUUAUGUUAUCCUGAAAAUCUUUUUUGUUUUUAAAGUGAAAACUACUGUUUUACUGCAUCCAAGCUCAGCAGAGACUGCAGGUAGUGAGAGGCCUUUCUAAUGCAGAUCAACAUUCCUGACACCUUCUAGAAGGAGAUUUUUUGACUUUGUCAUCAAGAGACCCAAACAUGACGAUUACUUUUUAGAAAAUAUCUCGAGUAUUAAUUUUGGUGCAAAUUCUGGCUUUUAAAAGCUGUGGUGAAACUUUUAAUCAGCUGAUGCAAAGUUUUUAUCAUUUAAUUUUUUUGAUAGAUUGGCAUCUAAAAUAUUUCUUUUAUUCCUCUUCUUUUUUUGCAUUUUGUAGCUCUAUUUAAAACCUUGUUAAGGUCCGGCUGUAGUAAGUGGAAUUUUUUUCUUAUUUGGUCCUAAGAUUGGGAUCAGGAGUUUACCUGCUGAUGGAUCUUCUGUUCCAGCUUCACCUGUGCUACAUUCCAGUGUUAUGAGCCCAAUGUUGAUUUGUUUUGCUGUAUUUAUGUCACAUUUGUAAUGAGCAUCAGAAAAACUAAUUGUGUGAAAACUACCACUUUUAUACACGUUGAAAAAUGUAUCACUUUUACUUGUUUUAUUACAAAAACAACUUUUUACAGUGAUGUAAGGCUGUGUAAGAUCAGAUUUUUUCCUUUUAAAAACCCUUCUGUCUGUUGUAAUCAACUGAAUUUUGUUGUUCAUCUUCUAACUUCUUUCCUCCAUGUUUGCAUGUCGGCCCCUUUGAUGUAUUUUCUUUUCUACAGACGUGUUUUCCCAUGGGAUAAAGCCGCAUGUUUACUUCUCCCGACAGGAAAAUAUAAAUAAAAAAAGCUGCCAAAAUAAAAGGCUGAAGAAAUCAGAAGAAUUUAUUCACUUCACAGCGAUUAAACCGACCACGACCGGUUCUCUGACACGCUCACGGUCCUUCACCCGACGUUGGCUUCUUCUGCAGUCGCACACAAACACACCAGCGACACACAACACAUUGUGGGCCGAAGGAGGGAGAGAAACACAAGUCGCUUUAAUAAAUACCAAACAUACACUUAACCAAAAAGUUACAACUAAUCCAACAGGUAUGAUACAAACCAAAAAUAAAGUAACGCUUUAAUGUUUGUACAAGCUGUUGUGGUAUUUCAUAUAUAUAUUUAUAUAAUUCGUAUAAUAAAACUAUUUUAAACGCUUCACUACUAGGCCAAAUAAAGCCAGACAUUCAUUUGUAUAGAACAGUUUCUUCUUUGAUAACCUAUAGAUUUCAAAUAAACUCUUAGUGUCUCCAGAAUUUUGAGUGCAAAUAUCUAUUCCUUAUGGAUAAAAACAACUAAGCAAAUGAACACACACGUACAUACAGAAGACUGUUGCACAUCUCCCAGUCAGAUACAGUAAAACCCCUUACAUUCCUAACACAAAAGGCAAUAAGUUAAACAGGGAUGAACGUAUAAAUAAUUUAAAUAACAAAAUCGACUGAAUUAAAACAGCAAACAAUUUUCAGAUUUUCUUGUGCAAAAACAAACAAACAAACAAAAUAGAGGUCAACCUCUGCGUCUCCUCUCUGGGUGGGGCGUUUUGCUUUGGACCAGACGGAUGAAAACAUUGAAAUCACAGUCACAGGAGUAAAACACAUCAUAUUUCCGGACAGGAAUGUUCUAGCAGUGAGUCUGCCACACAAACAGGCAUUGAGGGCAGGCAGGCGGGGCGGCGAGCAGGCGCACGGACGGCAGACACAGG